AGCGGGAAAGGAGAGAGCCAUGUCGAAAAACACGACAUACAAAGGUUACUCUAAGCUUGCGGAGAAAAUAGCCAAGAACACCCACUUUUCAUGCGAGGAAGUUGACGCGUUGCUCAACUUGCACGACCCGACCUUCACCGGCUCGCGGAUGGAUGGAAACAGGUUCCGCGACAUCAUGCACGGCAUCUUCGGCAUGACUGACGAGGGGCUGAUGGAGUGCAUGUACCAGGUGUUCGACAUGGACCAGGACGGGGUAGUCGGGCCCGAGGAGUUCGUGGUGGGCAUGUCGGCCUUCCUUCGGGGCACGCUCGACGAGAAGAUCGACUACUGCUUCAGCGUGUACGACCACAACAGUGACGGCUUCGUGUCUCGCGACGAGAUCUUUCACCUGCUGAAGUCCGCCGUCGUGAACCUCCCGCCCGGAGAGGAGCUCGAGGAGGUCGUUAAGGACAUGGUCGACAUGGUGAUGCGGCGGCUGGACACUGACCACGACGGCCGAGUGGGCUUCGAGGACUACGCCGCGGCCGUCACUGCUGAGCCGCUGCUGCUGGAGGUGUUCGGGCCCGUGCUUCCGGAUAACCAGGAGAAGGAGGCCUUUCUCAACACUUUCUUAGACAAAUAUGGCCUACGCUCUCAGCAGAUUUGAAUGCACGACUCUGAAAUGUAUCUGAUCAGUUACAUAUCUUUAGAAAUGAAUAAAAAAGAAACGGUAAUAAUGACAUUUUUAAAAAUCCAAUAAUUUACACGUCGCAUUCGAAAUUGACUGUAAUGAUUCCAAUUUUCACUAAAUUCAUAAAAAAAUCGAUAGAAUUUGAAUUCAACACAUAAAUAUAAAUUAAUAAAAAGUUAAACAAUACAAAAUGUACAUUAUAUAAAUUAGAGCAUUUAUUCAGUGAUUUUGGAGAA